UUCUUUCUUCGCUUCAAAGUUCAAACACUCAUACUUCGAAACCUUGGCUUCUAUCACUGAGAAAGUGAUUCUGGAACUGGGUUUGAUCACUUGUUGCAAUGGCUGAGGAAAAGGACGCUUUCUUCGUUGUAAGAAAGGGGGAUGUUGUUGGCAUCUACAAGUCUUUCAGUGACAUCCAACUUUUACUUGCAUCUUCUGUACCUGGUGACUCUCUAAGUAUUUACAAAGGGUUUUCUUUACCUCACAAAACUGAGGAGUACCUUGUCUCACAUGGGCUUAAGGGAGCCCCUUAUUCUAUCAGUGCUUCUGAUGUGCAUGAGGGGCUUUUUGGAAGACUUGUUGCUUGCCCUUAUCAGGAUCCAUAUUCUGCCCAAGGAAGAUCUGUUGAUGUGAGUUCAUCAUCAAAGAUCUUGCAGGGAGCCAUUCAGUUUGAUUCUAGUAAGGUGGUUGGAUCAUCUUCAUUUCCAACAAAUUUACAGAGGCAUCAUUCAUUAAGUGGAUCCCAGGCAGAGUUUUCUACUAAUCUUUCUUGUAUCCUUGAGUUUGAUGGCGCUUCAAAAGGAAAUCCUGGACCAGCUGGUGCUGGAGCUAUUCUGCGUGCUGAAGAUGGGAGCAAGGUCUAUCGAUUGCGUGAAGGGGUGGGCACUCAAACAAAUAAUGUUGCUGAAUAUCGUGGUUUAAUUUUAGGACUGAAACAAGCCCUGAAGAAAGGAUAUAAGCACAUUCGUGUCCAAGGAGACUCCCUGCUUGUCUGCAAUCAGAUUCAGGGUUUGUGGAAAAUCAAAAACCAGAAUAUGGCCUACUUAUGUAAUGAGGCCAAGAAGCUGAAGGAUAAAUUUCUGUCAUUCAAGAUCAAUCACGUUCUUAGGGAAUAUAACUCAGAAGCUGAUGUUCAAGCAAACCUGGCCAUAAAUCUCAAAGCUGGUGAAGUUCAAGAAGAUUGUCAGUUGCUUUAAUGCUCAACUGGCAGUGUGCUUGUGCCCUUUGCUUUCAACUUGGGUGCAUUCUAGCUUUAACAAAGAACCCAGUUAAAUUUCUA